CUGAGACCAACAGGUUAAACUAAAGCAAAAUUUAAAACCCAUUAAGUUUUAUUAAUGAAGCUUUGGUUGUCAAAUAGAUGAAAAUGUGGACAUUUUUAGAAAUAUUCAGGAUUUGUACUGCGCUUAUUGUGAAUAUUUCAGUUAUAACAGUUUCUACACUUAUUAGAUGUUUAUUUUUUCAUAGAUGGUUUCAUAAAUAUUAUGCAAAAGUAGAAAUUAACAUUUCUUCUAGGUUCCACUUGUGGAUUUCCUGAAAUCGGCGGUUUAGUUGAAGCCACGCCCAUUAAAAAUGCCUACCAGAUCGGAGACACCGUGUCCCUGUCGUGUCCCAUGGGAUCAGAGCUGGACGGCGAGGUGUCAGAGGUCAGGUGCAGCUCCAGUCUGCAGUGGUCGCCGUCUCCUGAUGAUGUUCGGUGCAGAACAGUGCUGCUCACCUCUCCGGCGCCACCUGCUGGUCUGAACUGUAAACCCUGGGAGAAGAUCGGAAAAACCGGCUGUGUCUGUAAAAUGCCCUCUGAGUGCCUGUCGUCUGUGCAGUUCUGCUCCCGGGUCGGGCCGAGGAGUCUCUGGUUGGGCGUCUGCCAGCUGGGGGCGCUGCGCUGUUUGGGGCGCAGCUUCACGCUGGCCGCCGAUACGGACUGCAGCAAACCGGAAGAGGAAACGUUCACUUCCUGCAGCGACUGCAAACCAGGGACGACCUGCCGAGAAUCCCAGCGGAAAUGCGCAUGUCUGAGUCCGUCGGAGUGCCCUGCAGGCCCCGCCUCCCUGUGCGUCAGUUCCGGUGAUGAUGGCGGCACUGCGAACAUGUCGGAGUGUGAGGUGGGAUCCAGGAGGUGCGCAGGCGAAACUGUCCGCCUGAUCAGUCUGGACCAAUGUCCGCAGUAAACAGACACUUUUCUUCAUUGUUUCUGUAAAUAUUUAUUACUUUCGUAGCAGCUGAACUGUAAAUAGAACAGAUCGUUCCAAAUAAAUUGAUAAAUUUCUUUGUUUUUGUACAUCCAUAAGGAUGUUAAUGGUUGGAUUGAUUGUUUUUGUUAUAAAAUUAAUAAAACUGUUUUAAUUCUCUUGA